AUGUGUUGGAUUCGAGAGCCCGAAAUUAUUUCCUUUUUGUUGCGGGAAUCUACCAUCUCCUUUUGCGCUCAUACUGAAAAGAAGCCAAGAAAUCCUCGUGUUUCAGUGAAAAAUCGAGACUCUCCCAUCUGCUCUACCGCAGUUUCUACAGCAUCGAAUAUCGCGUCGUCGUCCGAGAGUUCUCCUCCGAGUGAUAAUGAAGAUCAAGAUGUUUCGACUGCUACAGAAGAGCCUUGCACAUUGACUCCUCAGUCGUCAGUGAAGGAAAUAAAGACAAUAGAAGAAGAUAUUCCCUUCUGGAAAAAAAUUGUACCUUAUCACCUACUUCAUUCAUAUUCAUUUUCUUCUCUCAGAAAUCAUUUCUUCUACGUCGAACUUUUUUAUAUAAUCAACCUUCUUCGCUUUUCUUGUAGCGGUACAACUAGACGUGCUAUACGUCAUUUAUUCCAGUGCUGCUUUGAUCCGGAAGAUCAAGAGUACUUGAAGCAGGCGUUUCUGAUGAUGCAACCAUCUAGUGAGAACGGUGUUACUACACCGUGGGCUAAACCUGUUCGAUUCAGCUUCACAUCAUGGUCGGAUAAGCCACGGCUCCUGGAUGAACCUGUCAAGAAAGGCCGUUUGGAUCAAUAUUUCGCUGACUCCGAACUUGAUGGCAUCCUCCCGAUUGUGGGUGGAUGCGCGCGUACACGUGGUUACUUCAAGAUGUCAAUGAAAGAAAAGCGGAGCCUGAUCAGAAGACCUGAAGAUGAACAGCGUGAUAAGACUCUGCUAAAUGAUCGUGAUGAAGCUGCUGUGCGUCACAACCUCGUGCUCACCAAAGAAUCGCGUUCGAUGCAUCGUCGUCUGCUAACUACAAUGGGAGAUGCAAACAUGGAUUUCUUCAAAGUGAACCAGUUGAAGUAUCGCAAGAAAAUGAUCAAAUUUGCUCGAUCGCGUAUUCACGGAUGGGGAUUGUAUGCGAUGGAGGCUAUUGCGCCGGAUGACAUGAUUGUCGAAUACGUUGGUCAGAAGGUGCGAAAUACGGUGGCAGAUGUCCGUGAAAAAGCCUAUGAAAGACGAGGGAUUGGUAGCAGUUAUCUUUUCCGGAUUGACGAUACUACAGUCAUAGAUGCCACUCGCAUGGGUAACUUCGCACGUUUUAUAAACCACUCUUGUCAACCCAACUGUUAUGCAAAAGUGGUAACUGUCGACGGUGACAAGCGAAUCGUGAUAUACAGCAAGACUUUGAUCAACAAAGGUGACGAAAUUACGUAUGAUUACAAGUUUCCAAUAGAAGAAGACAAAGUUGAUUGUUUGUGUGGUGCUCCCAACUGUCGCGGAACUCUCAAUUAG